GGUCUUGAGUUAUCAAACCGAGGCCUGAUGACAAGCAGCUGACCUGAACGCCAGAUUUGUUGACAACUUUGGACUGUUGUGGUUUCUUUACACCAGAUUUUGCCAAAUGUGUAGAGUUGUAAGGUCGCCCGAAGAAAUCUCAAGUAACCUAGUGCUUCUGUGGACUGGACUGGUGGUAAAAAAGGACUUCCAGACGCCUAAUUGUUGAGAAGAGAGUAUGGAAAAGUCUGAGGGAGGGGGGCGCUUAGGCGGAACCGGGCGGAGACUUCCGGGUUGGAAGACAUGGAUUGUUCUUUUCUUCACAACAGUCUUGCAGGUGUCGCAUGUCUGUGGCGAGGACCGGGGCAUCCUGGCAUCCUCCGGAAGGGCUGGCGGGGAAGUCUGUACAGACGAGAAACGACACGGGCCCCGCGGUCGCAUCCUCAGCCCAAACUAUCCCCUCAGCUAUCCUACCAACACUGAGUGCAACUGGUACAUCAACGCAAACCCUGAUGAUGUCAUUACCAUCAGCUUUGAAGACUUUGACCUUGAAGCAGCUGAGAAUUGCGGCUAUGACAGCCUGGAGAUCGGCCCGGUGGUGUCCGCAGGGGAGCAGUACGUGAAGUACUGCGGCACCUACGCUCCCGUCCCGCCACCGUUCCUAUCUACACGAGACCACGCCUACGUCAAGUUCUACAGUGAUCCAAGCACUGUGGGGAGGGGGUUUGCACUAACAUAUAUAACAGGUCCCCAGAAUGCUGCAAGUUGCCAGCAGGAUGAGUUCCACUGUGACAAUGGGAAGUGUGUGCUGAGCUCAUGGACCUGUAAUGGCAUGGACGAGUGUGGGGACAACUCUGAUGAAAGGGGCUGCACAGACAUCCACCCUCCCACCCCUCCCCCCCACGUGUCCCCAUGUGGUGCUGACCAGUACAUGUGUGUGGCCAUGAACACGGGCAGGGACGCCUGCUUCUGGGACUUCACACGCUGCGACGGGAAACAGGACUGUGAGGACGGGCAGGAUGAGGCCAACUGUGGGGGCAUUGUCCAUUGUGGAGGAAUCCUGAGCAAUACAUCAGGGGCUUUCUCCUCUCCCAACUAUCCCCGUGACUACCAGAACAACCUGAGCUGUGAUUGGAUCAUCACCAUUCCAAAUAUGGUUGGUGUCAUCAUCCAGCUUCAGUUUGAAGACUUUGCUCUUGAGAACCGCCCGGCCACUGAUUCUGUCACUGUGUAUGAUGGGGAUAAUGAAGAUGAGGAUGAGCUAGGUGUGUACUAUGGCAGUAACCCUUCCAUUGGAGAGAUUGAGUCAUCAGGGCCCCAUAUGUUGGUCAGAUUUCGCUCCGACAGCUCUGGAACUAACAGGGGCUUUCUGGCAAGUUACCGCAUCAAAGGUCCUUGUGUAGGAUUGCGACAUCCAUGUGCGGACCACAGCACCUGUUACAGCUCCGAAGACAGGUGCGAUGGCAUCUGGACAUGCCCGGAUGGCACAGAUGAGAAAGGCUGUGAUGCCUGUGGGAGUGGAGAGGUCCCGUGUGGGGGUCCCUCCAAGCGCUGCUACCCUGAAGAACACCACUGUAACGGUGAACCCUUCUGUGAUGGAGGCAGGGACGAAACCCACUGUGACUCCUGCAGCCCUGCAGAAGGAACAUUCCAUUGUCGGAACAGGAGGUGCAUCUAUGAGAAGUGGGUGUGCGACUCUCAGGACGACUGUGGGGACGGAUCGGACGAGGAAGGCUGCAAAGUGUACGUGUCAGAGAAAGUGAUCACAGCUGCUGUGAUUGGUUCCAUCGUGUGUGGCCUGCUGCUGGUCAUCGCCCUCGGCUGUACCUGCAAGCUGUACGCUCUCCGGCUGCAGGACGAUCCACGCUACCAGUCCACCCGGUUUGACACACCGAUGAUGCGACUGCAGCACGAGCUGAAUCGCCGGGAGGCACCGCCCUCCUAUCACGUCGCCGUGGCAUCACAUGGACCCCGGCAGUUUCAAGAGGCCCACACGGCAUUCACCCAGCACGUGCAGGCGGCCAUGAACAUGAGGCCAGGGCGGCGGCUGCAACAGAUGAGGCAGUUUCUACGCCGUAGCCGUAGCAGCGAGUCAACAAGCACCGCCCAGGCCGUCAUCACAGGAGAGAGUCAGGAGCGGAUAGCGCUCACAGUCACUCGAUCCAGCGAGAGCAUGCAGAGUACGGUGAGCGACCGGGUGGAGGUCACCCGACAGGCGGAUGGGUCGCUCAGAAUCCGGGCAUCCAUCAGCUCAGCAGGGAACUCGUCUGAUUCCGAAGACACCGACAAUGAAACAAACAGAAUCAUCGGGGAAAGCGAUCCCCCCAUGGGUGCAGCCGCUGCUGUCCCAGAGUUCCAAGCGCCGCCCAUCAGUAAGACUGGUUUCCUGCCCCCCUCCCCACCCGUGUUUCCGCCAGUGAGAAGCAUUGCUGCUCUGCCAUCCACAUCUCGACAGGAGGAAGACCAGCAGAGUCGUGGUAGCAGAAGCUCCAGUGACUCAGAACUGUUGGAUCUAGGGGCCGAUGUGGCCAACAGCAGUGCUACUGUUGUCAUCCACUCCAGCAGCCAACCUUUCUCCCUAAGAUCCGCAGGAGAUGGAAGAAGCUUUCAAGUUCAUGAAGCGCCAAAUCUCAACAGCAAUGGAGGAGAUAGAAGUGAUGACGGUGACACCAGAAGCUCUCGUUCUCAAUCCAUGGAGUCCGUCAGUUCGGAGGAGUCGGUAGGAUUUCACGCUGACAGUGGGCAGCUGCCACUUCUACAGCAGACAGGAGAGGAGAGCUCCUGUUAGCCUGCAGACAAAACCCUUCUGCACACAAUUAUCUAUGCCAGUUACUUAUGUACUGAAUGUGCUAUUGAACUAGAAAAUCUUCUGACAAUUCCUAGCCACAAGAUAGCUAUAAUCUUGUUGACGAAACCUGCACAUAAAAAUGAGUCUGAAGCAGUGCCAAGAAACCAUGUCUUAGGAGAGAUGGAAAUCAUAUAUGUAUAUAUACAGAUGUAAAGAAUCAUAAAGAGAAAUAUACUCAGAGAGAAACUCUAGGUAACUUGUGCACUGAAGCCAUUACAUGUCAAAGAUGUGAAAGGGACUCAGGGGACUUCGAAUGUAAUAAUCCAUGACUCUAUUCUAUUUUUUUUCUGUUCAAUGUUUUCCUUCAGUCAAUGCUCUUGUAAGACAUGUUUGCCCUAAGAUUUUUAUUUGUCCUGAUAGCUUGUAAUCUUACUGUUCAGGAUUAGACAAGAACAUAGAAAAUCUAUGGGCCCCAAACAACUUUUGACUGGCCUGAAAUUGGAUGGACAUUUGUGUCAUUUUAUGUAUUUCUACUUGUGGCAUGGCAAUUCUUUUAUUUUUCAGUAAAAACAGCACUUUAUAAAGUUUUUAGUGUGAUGUAGACAAAUUUGUACAUUUCGGGCAAAACAUCUCUCAGUGAGGGUUUUGGCCAGAAGUAAGCAAACUUUAUUAGAGACACUCUUCCUGUUCAUCUUAAAAGCUACAUUUCCAUUUUUAGCCCUCUGAACUGUAAUUUUCUGCACUGUAGUAAAUCUCCUUUUUUCAUUGUCCAAGACCCUAAAGCAAUUUAGAUUGCCAAAAACAACUCUUUCCCAACUGCAGUGAACAACUUUAAGUUUAGGGUGUCCAAAUAAUUGCAUGGGAGGACAUCCAAAUGCACUUGUCCAACCAAGGAGGUUAUAUCACCUGAUAUCAGGUGAUAUAACCUCCUUGGUCCAACCAUGGACUGUUCUUUUUUUUCUGCAAUAUACAAUCUUUAUUAAUCUUUAAGUUUUUACUGAAGCAGGCCAGCCCUUGUGUUUGAUAGGGGCCAUCAUUUUGUAACAAUUUAGGUGACAGUGCAAUAAUUGUCAUUUUUUAAACUGCUUUGGUAAAGGUUUGCUUGUAUGAUUUGUUUGAAAUGCAUAUUACAGCCAAGAUGCAUUAUACUUAUUGAGCUUCUAUGUUAUGAGUUUCCUGCCAUAUUAAGUCUCAUUUAUCCUGUUUUAGUCCAUGUUGAUGCCAUAUAUUAAGGAAAAUGAGCAUUUUAACCAAGCCAAGAUAAGGGAAUUGUCGUUAUUAUCAUGACUGAUGUGUGAGUUGUAAAUAUGGAUGUAUCCCAAUGUACAGAGAGAUGUCAAAUAACUGUAUAAACAGAUUGUAAAUUUGUUGUAACGUAAUAUAAUAUCUGAUGAACUGAUGCAAUAUUGAAAAGACAAACUGCAUGGAAUAUCAAAAGGAAAAGUAUAAUUUUGUAAACAACCAGCAUAGCAGAAGUCAGAAUGUACAACAUUAUGAACAGUAACAAGGUACCAAAGCCAACACAUGGAAUGAUUCAAAGAUGUUUUGAGUUUUUCCUCUUUGUAAUUGUUUUCUUGCUCUACAGAAAAUAAAGUUAUCAAAAUU